ANUUUUCUGGGUUGGUUGUUUCAAUGAAAUCUAUUUCCAUUCUUCCGGAUGCUGUGAAAAGCUACUAAUCUUCUCUUAAACUUCCGUGGAUUCUUGGUGAAUUUUCUUGGACUCGAUUGUCUAGGGCAUGCCCUGGAAGAUGUGGUGGUACUGGAUACUGUUUUUCUUACAUACGACAUAGUUGCUCUGUUUUCAGUGAUAUGGGGACAAAGCUUAUAAGAGCUUGCGUUGAAGAAGAUAGCGAUGAUUUUCCAUCGGUUCCACCAGGUUUUGAGUCAUAUAUAUCCUUUUCUCUAGGGAAGGUGCACGAUCAUGAAAAACAAGACGGUUGUGUCCCUGCUAGUGUGUCGGCAACCGUCUCUGAAUCACAGCCAGUUAAAGUGGAAAGUGAGGUAGAAGUUGCCAAUGUUGCAAAAGUAACGAGAUCCCUUCGGCGUAAACCAUGUGUAAACUAUAGACAAUAUGAUUACUGCUCUGAUGAUGAGCUUGAUACGAAGCAUCUAGAUCAGAAAUUUUCUUUAAGACCUUCUCUUUCGAAGGGAGUCAUUCGUGGAUGUCCACAUUGUAAUAAUUGCCAAAAGGUUAUUGCAAGAUGGCGUCCAGAAGAAUCGUGCCGACCAAAUCUCGAGGAUGCACCUGUGUUUUAUCCAACUGAAGAGGAAUUUGGAGAUACUUUGACAUAUAUAGCGAGCAUUCGAGCAAAAGCAGAACCAUAUGGGAUUUGUCGUAUUGUCCCGCCUUCUUCUUGGAAGCCUCCAUGUCCCCUGAAGCAGAAACAUAUUUGGGAGAGUUCUAAAUUUGCAACGCGUGUCCAAAGGAUUGAUAAGCUUCAAAACCGAGAUUCACUAAGAAAGAACUCUCGGUUUUGCAGUCAGAUGAGGAGGAAAAGGAGGAGGGGUAAUCGAAAGGGGGUCGAUGUUACCAUCUUAAAUGGAAUAAAUGGAGAUGCUGGGCCUUAUGAGGCAGAAAGAUUUGGAUUUGAUCCUGGUCCAGAUUUUUCUUUAGCUUUGUUUCAAAAAUAUGCAGAUGACUUUAAGUCUCAGUAUUUUAGUAAACCGCUCGAUGAUACUUCAAAGGGUUGUAACCCAUCGAUGCUGCCAGAGAACGAACAUUGGAAACCAUCUUUGGAAAAUAUCGAGGGCGAAUAUUGGCGGAUGGUAGAGAAACCAACGGAAGAGAUUGAGGUUCUCUAUGGGGCUGAUUUGGAAACUGGAGAGUUUGGCAGCGGUUUUCCGAAGAGUUGCAGUCAAGAGGGCUCGACAUCAGAUGAAGAGAAGUACGUAAAAUCUGGCUGGAACCUCAACAACUUUCCGAAGCUUCCUGGAUCAGUUCUUAGCUAUGAGAACAGUAAUAUAUCUGGAGUCCUGGUACCGUGGCUGUAUAUCGGGAUGUGCUUUUCGUCAUUUUGCUGGCACGUUGAAGAUCACCACCUCUACUCUCUGAACUACAUGCACUGGGGCGAUCCCAAAGUCUGGUAUGGUGUUCCAGGAAACGGUGCCAGUAAACUAGAAGGCGCUAUGAAAAAGCAUUUACCUGACCUCUUUCAAGAACAGCCCGAUUUACUCCAUAAACUGGUUACACAACUUUCUCCGUCUAUAUUGAAAACCGAGGGUGUGCCCGUAUAUAGGUGUAUUCAGAAUCCCGGAGAGUUCGUUUUGACCUUCCCUCGUGCAUACCAUUCGGGAUUCAACAGCGGUUUCAAUUGUGCAGAGGCAGUUAAUGUAGCUCCAGUCGACUGGUUGCCCCAUGGUCAAAUUGCUGUAGAAUUAUAUCGUGAACAGAGACGAAGAACUACUAUUUCCCAUGAUAAGCUAUUGCUUGGCGCCGCACGAGAAGCUGUGAGGGCACAUUGGGAACUAAAUUUUCUGAAAAAAAAUACUUUGGAUAACUUAAGAUGGAAUAAUGUUUGCGGAAAAGAUGGCGUCUUAGCAAGAGCAUUCAAGACUCGUGUCGAGAUGGAGUGUGCAAGGAGGAACCUUCCUUGCAGUUCUUCAACGGCAAUUAAGAUGGAGAGCAACUUUGACGCCUCUAACGAGAGAGAGUGCAUUUCAUGCCUCUUUGACUUGCAUCUGUCGGCCGUUGGGUGUCAUUGUUCACCGGAUAAAUAUGUAUGCUUGAAUCAUGCAAAGCAGUUGUGUUCUUGUGCUUGGGAGAAGAGAAUUUUUCUGUUCCGCUACGACACCAGCGAAUUGAACGUUCUUCUUGAAGCAUUGGAGGGUAAGUUAAGUGCAGUAUACAGGUGGGCGAGGCAGAAUCUCGGUCUGGCGCUCAGUACGUCAAGGGAGUUGAGUACUCAAUCAUCAACCAUGUCCCUUGGGAAGCCUCAAUGGAAAGAAAUCUUGAGGCAAUCUUCAUUAUUGCCCACUCUAACGGCUAUUGAUAGCGCUUCUCAUCAUGCCAAAACGUUAUCUACCGUUAAUGGUUCGGGAAAGGUAGUUGAGCAGCAAAAUUAUAAAUCUGAGGUGAAAAAUGAAAACCAUGACCUUGUGGCAACGAAUUCGAGGCAUACCGAUUCGCAGUCCUGUAAGGAGGAUACAAAUGCUCUGAAUUUGGAUAAAAUGUGUACUGAAAAUGUGAUACUACUGAGUGAUGAUGAAGGUGAUGAGCAUAAGAAGACGAUUUCAAACGGCGUAGCUGAAAGUUUAUCAGUAAAGCCGCUCGAAACCUCAAAUCGUUUCGCUGAUAUUGAUUCUAAGGCUAGCCUGUGCAACUACAAUGAUAAUACGAGUCUGCACAGCCCGAUGACUGAUGCAACGACCAUCGAAGAAAAGGAAGUCAACUUGUUGAUUGAAAGAAAAUCGAAUAAUUGCCAAUCGAGCAUUGUUCCUUUAAAUAGAAACGCAGCUAAUGCUAUUCAGAACAACAAUUUUUCAGAAGCUGGGUUAGGUCAUAGUAAUAAAGUAUUUUCAGCUUCAACGGACAUCGAUUCUCGAAAAUCACAGACUUGUGGCUCGGGAAAACCGAAUGAGGGUAAGCAUGGAAACGUGGGAACAAGUGCUACCUCUUGUGUGUUAGACCCUAGUAGAACCACUGCAAGUUUGUCCUGCAAUCAAGCUAAUAUGGACAGAUUAUUGAGGCAAAAGGGUCCUCGAAUGGCGAAGCUAGUUCGGAGAAUUAACUGCAACGUAGAGCCUUUAGAAUAUGGAACCGUGCUCUCAGGAAAGUCUUGGUCGAACAGUCGGGCCAUUUUUCCGAAAGGAUUUAAGAGCAGGGUCAAGUAUAUAAGCGUUUUAGAUCCAUCAACUUUGUGUUACUACGUGUCUGAAAUUCUCGACGCCGGACGGGAAGGACCUCUUUUCAUGGUUGUUUUGGAGCAUUGUCCAUCCGAGGUAUUCGUUCACGUUUCUGCUGCUAGAUGUUGGGAGCUGGUUCGAGAUCGAGUUAAUCAGGAAAUUGCAAAGCAACAUAAGUUGGGUAGAAUGAAUCUUCCUCCUCUACAGCCUCCUGGGAGCUUAGAUGGCUUAGAAAUGUUCGGAUUCACUUCACCGGCAAUCGUGCAGGCCAUUGAGGCAAUGGAUCGAAAUCGAGUAUGUUGCGAGUAUUGGGACUCUCGGCCCUAUUCUCGGCCUCACGUACAUAGUACACAACUGUCUCAAUCGACAGAAAUGAAAACGACCGAAAGGAACCAUAGGGGGGUCGAUCCUAGGCAAGCUGGAGUCGAUACAAUAGUACUUAGGGGAUUGUUGAAGAAGGCAAACAUUGAUGAACUAAACUUACUCUAUACCGUUUUAAAUGAUAGUAGUAGGGCAACGGUCGACCAAGGCGCGUUGACUCGGCUUCUUAACGAAGAGAUUCAAAGUCAUCGAAGAUGAUUCAUUGUUCGGUUUUUCUUUUUUGAUUGAUUCGACUGAAAUAGGGCGGCUUUAAUCAGAAUUUUGUGUAAAUACAGAGGGGUGGUGGUGGGUAUCAGGAUGAGGUCCUUUUUUGUUGUACAUGCUUCUUUUAAUCUCUUAUGCUCAUAUUCUAAGUUCCAAAAAGGGAUUAGAGUGUAAGGUGAUGAUACCCAAUACAUAUAAUACACAUUCUCUCAUAACUUUUUUAAUUAUUUAAAGGUUUAGUGUAGAACAAGUCAAAUCUUUUGUGUUCAAAUUCAAUAAAAUCCAAUUUCUUUU